UUCAUUCUUUCCACAGAAAACACAAUCAUAUGAUGUCAAACCUACAUAUUGUUUUACGGAUUAUCCUUUUAGGACUUUACCAUCUGUGCUACUAUGCUACAUCAGCAGUAGCACAGGAAGAAGAGGCACAAAGUUAUUAUGAUGACGAUUCUCGGCAAGCCAUAAAUGCACAGGAUUAUAAUGAGGCAAACCAAAUCUCUUGGUCGGGAGAAUCCCAAUUCUCUAGGAGUCUAGACAUAAGAGAAGGCAUAUAUAUUAUUUCAAUAAUUAUCCUGAUUAUCCUUUCAACAAUAGGAGGUGUUGGAUGGCUUCUGUAUUUACACCUCAUGUUACGCCAACAACCUUUUUUCAUAAUGAAAACAAAUGAAUUACAAGGACAGGAUUUAGAGCAGGAAUCAAUGCAGGAAUCAAAGCAGGAAUCAAAGCUGCCUACAACAAGAAGCAUUCCUAAAGUGCAUUUUGAGGAUGAAACAAAACCUGAGUCGGAAAAGGGCUUAUCUGAGGAAGAAGAAAUAGAAGAAGAAAUGGAAGAAGAAGAAAAACCAAAGCAAGCAGCACCAUUGAAAGCACCCAUUGCUGCUAAAUAUUCACAGAUACAGUUUUAUAAAUGGAAAGAAAGGACCCAUUUGCAGAAGAAACAUGUAGUUCCAGGCAAAGAUUAUAUGCAACCCCUUACCAGAAUCACUCCUUGCCUCACAAUUUCUGAAUAUAAUGGGACAACAUUUUAUAAAUGGAAAGAGAAGACCUAUUCUGGGAAGGAACAAGCUUUACCAGGCAAAGCUGUAUUGAUGCCACCAAGUCCGACACUUUCUACUGCCGAACAUGAGGCGAUAAACGUUCAUCAAUCACAAGAGAAGGCACAUUCUGAGAAGAAAGAAGUAGUUCCAGCCAAAGCCAAAGUGAAACACACUAAGAAAGUUCCUAAGUAGUCACCUAUGGCGAUUACUUCAUGAAUUUUGCUUUUGAUUCUGAAAGACAAGACAGAGCAUGUGCAUGGCCAAUUCUGGACGGGAGCCAUGCGGGUUGGUGGAGGGAGCUCUGGUUAGUGCUGAGCAAAAGCUGAGCACUAAAGCCAAGAAAUAAAAUCUGUUAAAAUUACUGUGAGUGGCUGUAUAGUGUUUUCUAUAUAUUUGUUUGGGUUGUUUUCUUUGUAUACUAAUGAAUGCUAACUAUGUUUGUACAUAAAAUCUGACAAAAUAAAUUUCCAAAAUACUACUUUCAUGUGUAAGGUCUCAUUAUUUUUCGAGGAGGAGGAGGGAUGCUGGUUUUAGGUGAGGACAAGUGGAAGGGUCUCUUAGAUAUCACAAAGGGUAGGGAGAGCAUUUUAAGUUACCAAUGAAUAAUGUAAAUAAUUUAUUUAAAUGAAUAAAGAAUGUAUUCCUGCUGUGUGCUUUAACCAGUA